ACUCUUUCACAAUAUAUUCUCCUUUCCUUGAGUCUCAACUCAUAAUUUCUCUCAUCUUUUCUCUCUUCUCUCUUCUCUCUUUCUAUCUCAAUAUUAUCUAUUAAUCUUGAUUCGAAUGAGGACAUUGUGCCCGAAUUUAGAUGGAUAUGAAGGUCUCGAAACGGUUCUUGAAGUGCCUAUCCCUGAAGAGACUUUCGACUCUAGUAACAAAAAUGUGUCAUGGAAAAACAUGAAGUCGUGGAUCAAGCAAAACGGCGAGAAAUCUCCCCCGUCGAGUCCUUUUGGAUGUCGCAACAUUUCUGACAUCCAGCUUCUGCUCAGUGUCGUCGGAGCUCCUUUGAUCCCUCUUCCGGUCCAUUCGAAUCACUCUAUGAGCAGGAACAUCAAAGACCAUCCUAUUGAAGGUGCGAUGGCGAAAUACAUAGUGCAGCAGUAUAUAGCAGCCUGUGGAGGCGAAAACGCAUUGAAUCGAAUUGAUAGCAUGUACGCGAUGGGGAAGGUGAAGAUGGCAACAUCAGAGUUUAUUAGUGGAGAUGGUAAAAUUAUGAAGAGUAGGAGUAUUAAAAACGGAGGUGGAGAAAUGGGAGGAUUCGUGUUGUGGCAGAAAAGGCCUGAUCUUUGGUGCUUGGAGUUGCUGGUGUCCGGCUACAAGAUCAGUGCUGGUAGUGAUGGGAAGGUGGCCUGGAGGCAGACACCGUGGCACAGCUCCCACGCCUCUCGAGGCCCCCCUCGACCUCUCCGUCGUUCUCUGCAGGGUCUUGAUCCAAAGAAUACGGCAAAUUUAUUCUCUAAUUCGAUAUGUGUUGGCGAGAAGACGGUGAACAAUGAAGACUGCUUUGUGCUGAAGCUGCAAGCAAACAAGUCAGCUCUGAGGGAAAGAAGCAGUGGCAGUGUAGAUAUCAUCCAGCACACAAUCUGGGGAUAUUUUAGCCAGAAAACAGGGCUCCUUGUGAAACUAGAGGACUCUCAUCUCCUCCGAAUCAAGUCCAAAAUCCCUGAUGAAGACAGUGUUCUUUGGGAGACAACGAUGGAGUCAUUGAUCCAAGAUUAUAGGACGAUUGAUGGUGUUAAUAUUGCACAUGCAGGCAAGACAUCCGUAUCGUUAUUCAGGUUCGGUGAAAACUCUGAAGUCAGUCAUUCGAAGACGAGGAUGGAAGAGGUGUGGACUAUUGAAGAAGUUGAUUUUAACAUCAAGGGACUGUCGAUGGAUUGUUUCUUGCCUCCAGGCGACUUAAAAAAGGAAGAUGACGGAUCAUACGGUGUUGUUGCUACAACAUUGCCGCAAUUCAAAGUCAGAUCAGAUUCAACAAAAUUUGGUUUCGCAAAGGUUAUGGCGGUUGAUGUAGAAGUUGAAUGCAAUAACUAGGAGGCGCGAAAGAAGACGAAGAUUUGUAAAAUAAAUCUUAAUUUUGAGUUUGUAAAUAUAUAUGUAGCAGUGAAGGGUACGACAAAAAUAUGUGUAAUUAGUAGAUAAGGGAAGUGAUUAUGCACUCCAAAUAUGUAUUGUUUCAUUUGUUUAGCGAUGAGCAGUGUAUUUGCACGCCAAAUCUGUGUACCAUAAGUCCAGUAUGAUAUGAGAAUCGGUACUUGGUCUGUCACAAAGCAAA